GUGUGGCGCCUAGGUGUAGGGCGCCACACAAAAGGAUCAGGCCGGUGAAAUAUUUCCCGCGAGGGGUCACUCCGUGAGUUCUUUCCCCCAGGGGUCAUUUUUGUCAAUUUUACCGGCAAAAACAUCAUGUAAGUGGAGUAUAAGCCUGUUAUUAUAUUUGCUCUCACGUGUUUCAAUGGAGAAUCGGUGAACCGCCAGAACGUCAACCAACCAUUAGCACCGGUACCUGUAAAAAUAUGGCUUUAGCUUCGACAUUCCAGGCGGUAGUUUAAAUUUGAAGGGCGUGUAUUAAUUUUGUUAAGCUGAGUCUUAGUUGAAAGAUGGCACUGAUAUGCAUUUGGUUUUUGCUAUUUAGUAGAACUGAGUUUUUCUUGCAACUUUUGCACUUACGAACUUAUCCAACGUUUGGUGCAGAGUAACAAGGACCAAAACUCGAAUGGGGAACUAUAGGGCAACAACCAUGUUAUAAGAAAACAAUCUUUCAACCGGUAGAAGUACAACGAUUAGCACGACCAAGUCCUAGCCAAUGGUGUUAUGACAUAUGAGUUGAUUUGAUUCUCGUCGUUGCCACUGUAUACAACUUGCAGCAGCGUCACUUGAUUUCUCCGGCUACAUACACGGCAUGUCUGUCCAUCUUUCUGAUGAUUGAGAGGCAGACGUGUUGGGACUUGUUAAACCAGUGACUUUGACACUUGCAACGUAUGGAUGAACCACAAACAAACAAAGGGCAGUGCGUUCUAGGAACCGCGGUUUAACCGCAAAUUGCAACAUCUUGUAUUAAGAAAGGAGUUCGUUAUACUUGUAGUGGUACUAAGAUAUUAGCUUAAACGCAAGUAGCAGUAGGACUGUGCACGGUGCACCUACGUAGGAGUAUGACCAAGCCCCAGUCCAGCCAACAUGGCUGUUGCAGAGUUGACUGCCACCUUAUAUAAACGGCUUGGAAGCGGACAGGCUCUGCAUCACAAAAGCGUCUUCCUCUGCACACGCUAGAGUCCCCAACAAGUCCAAGGGCGUCACAGGCUCACGGCUAGCUAGCUCACAAAUCACAGGUUCACAAUGUCCAAGCAGAAGAUCGUGAUCAGAGCUGAUCUAAUCGGGGAGAAGUGCAAGAGCAAGAUCAUGUCAACUGUUGCCAAGCUCGAGGGGAUCAAGUCCAUGGACAUUGACCAGGACAAGUGCACCCUGACCGUGGUCGGCACCGUCGACCCGGUGCACGUCGUGCAGAAGCUCAGGAAGUCGUGCUUCGCCGCGACUGUCAUCAGCGUGGAGGACGACAAGCCCAAGGAGAAGAAGAGCCCCUGUCAGGAGGCCUGCGAGAAGGCCUGGAAGGACAAGUACGAGAAGGCCUGCAAGGAGAAGUGCGAGGAGGCCUGCAAGGAGCCGUGCUGCGACGACUGCGGCGACAAUGGGACGCCGUCGUACAACCACGGGUACCGCUGCACGCCGGGCUGCCACUCCAGUCCCUGCGGCCUGCCCAGCUGCCACUACUACAGCAAUGGCUACGGCUACGGCGUGCGCGCGCCGCCGCUGGGAUACGCCUGCUACCAAGAGAGGUCACGCGGAGGCGGAGGAGAAUGCGGCAUCCAGUAAGCCGUUGGUUCAUCGUCGUCCUCACGAGGAGUAUGUAUGGCGGUCUGUCGUGUCGUUGGAGUUUUCUUUUCGUACAGUGAUGGUUCCUUUUCCAUUGUAACACGACGGCUUACUUUGGGUAUGAUGCUUCAGUCUGUCAAUACUACUAGUGGCAUAUAUAAGUAUAAUAAAAGCUCACUAUUUGUGGAUAUUGAUGGUUACCUGAUGAGUUUACAUUGGUGGUUCAAAGAUCACUCCGUCUAUGCGAAAGGGCAAUGAAAAGGAACUUAUUUAAAACGAGCUGAGAUAAGGGAGUGUGCAGUCUGUCAACAGCUUAAUCAAAAAAGAAUUGACUCAAACUGGAUGACAGAAGAACCACCACAGAAGAUGGAUGCAUUGGUGAAACGAAAUCACACGAGUUUGAAGGAUCAUCAAUUCGCCGUGCUCCAGGCAGCACAUGUAUUAGUAUUGUUUUCAGUUUCCUUUCUCUUGUUACUCUUUUGUCAUUAGAAAAAAAAAAUAUGUCAAAUUACGACUUGCAGGCCAUAAAUCUCGAGACUCAAAACCCUUGACUGCAUUUCUCGAAUGACUUAUACGACUCAUCACAUCCCUAGAAUAAAGUGAGCUACAAGCAAUGACAAACUUUGAUCACCAUCCCAUCUACAGAUCAAAGUUCCAUCCCUAACCUUAU